AUGACAAUCACCAACAAUAAUGUAGAUGUGUCUUACUACACAACAGGACUUAGCAACACGAUCACUAUGUUGUUGAACAAUGACGAGUACAUUCAGAAUGAAAGUGCCUGCAAGAUGAUUCUCUAUCUCUCCAACAUGGACUAUAUGCCUCCAGAAGAUACAACAAAGACAAUGUUGAGUAUACUACAAACGACCAAACAAAAGACACUGGUCAACUACAUCAUUGCAGUGUUCCAUCGACUCUUUGAGCAGCACCAGUUCUGUAUCAGCAUCAGUGGUGAAUUGAUCAUGUCAGUAUUGGACUCCUUGGACCACUACUACAACAACAUGACACCAGAGGACGAUAUUAUACCAAUUUAUAACUGCAUCUCAUUGCUCAACUACACAACUAUGAUACUGCAAGGAAAGAUAUAUGAUAAUCCAAUCGAAGAAAUUGCCAAACGAAACACCAAAGACAAGUUCAUACAAUGCCUGUUCCACAUCAUUGGAAAGUGUGACCUGGAGGUGUUCAAGAACGUUCUCAAGUUGUUCACGAUCGUGUACACAGUAUUGAGACCAUUUGAAUUGAACGAAGGUAUCACUCCACUGUUUAGCAACAACUUUAGAAAGUUGGAGGACUCGAGAAAGAUAUUGUUUGUCCAAUUGAUGGAGAGAGGCGAGGUCAAGAACAAGAUACUGGAGAUCAUUCUCAAGGACAUUUCAAACAGGCGCAAUGCUCCAAAGAACAAGGAUACACAGGAGUAUGCUCUGAGCAGACUGAUAGAUUACUACUUCCGAUGCAAUGCGAGACAAGACUUCCACACAAAGGAUGACACUAGAAGCCCUCACACAGUGUUUGUCGUCGUGAUAACUCAGUUGCUUCAGUCCAUCCUAUUCACAAAAUCACAUGCGCCCUCUCAAGACUGGGGAAAGGCAUUGUCAGAGGCACAGGAGUUUGGCCAGGCGAUGAGGAAGGAUGCAACAUCUUCAAACUCUACCUUGAUUGAAACGAAUCUGAUGAUUCUGGAGCAAGCAAUAGAGAGCAAACAACUAAAUACUGAUUAA